GGUUUUUGCGCAUACAGGUUUUCCGCUUUGCGCGUUCUCCCAAUACCACCUCGAAGACAAGGCCUGCCAAUGACGUCAUCCUUAGUGGAUCUCCGGCCCGCCCCGAGUCGCAAAAGACGCUGAAGCUCAACGGGAGAACGCCGCAAUACGGCAGACGUGUCCGGUGUGGCGUCACCGCCUGCUAGCGUCGUGCUCAUCGUGAGAGGAUGCGCGACGACGUCCUGGCUAGGUGGCGCUGCGUGGAUUCACUAGAGAUGCAAGCCUCGUUUUCAAGGUGGUCUGGUUCUCCUCGCCUUGAAUAUAAAGCAGAGACUUGAUCGGCGAUAAGUAAGCCUACCUUGGUUGCUAUCUCGUCACUUUCCUCUUGGCAUUUUAUUGCAUAUAUUCGUUCGCGUCGAAAAUACGACGAAAGUGUUAUGCAGCUGCCAGUUGAAUCGCGAACGUCCUGCCGUAUACGCCUGUUUCUGCUGCCCCAACGACGUACAUUUCUGGACAAAAUUAGUUUUUUCGACUCCAUCUUUGGACGCUGCGGUAACAGUCUCUGACAGGAUUCCUAUGAAGAUGGCCCGUGCUUUGUGAGCGCGGAUAUCACAGACGUCGACGUGGCCUCUGAAAUUCCUGAGGAGGGAUGAUCGUCACCGUCGUCUUGUCAACCUUUUUGGUUCUUUUGGCCAUCAACCUUCUAAGAUGGAGACGAAAAACGUUUUCCUACUUCAAAGACCUUGGAAUUCCUGGACCCAAACCAAGUCUGAUUUGGGGAAAUCUUUGGGAAUACCAUCAAAAUGGGUUGUUCCGAGCCCUGGAUAAGUGGUGCAAGGAAUAUGGUGAUAUAUUUGGCUUCUACAAUGGAGAUGUUCCAAUGCUUGUUGUGAAGGACCUUGAGUUCCUGAAGCACGUCUUUAUUAAAAACUUUUCGAAUUUCACUGACCGUGGCAUAACGAUGAGGACCGAUGAAAUGCACCCAUUUGUUGGAAAUGCCGUGGCUCAUGCCAAGGGGUCCCACUGGAAAAGCCUCCGGCAGAGCAUCAGUCCUGGGUUCACCAAGCUCAAGCUCAAGCUGAUGAUGGAUCACAUCACUCAAGUUGGCGACGUGUUUAUGGAAGUUCUCGGCAAGAAAGCCGACCAGGGCCAAGAAGUCUGCAUGUUCGAGGCGACGCAGGCGCUCACGAUGGACUACAUUGGCCGGGCGGCGCUCGGAAUCGACAACAGUUUUCAGAACGAUCAGAAGAAUUCAUUUCUCGUGACGGCUCAGCGAGCCUUCCGGGAAAUCAUGACCGGACCUUUCCACAUGCUGGCCCACUGCACGACGUCGUUCGGCGUGCUGGCUGCUCCGAUCUUUUGGCUGAACUGGACAUUUGGGACGUUCUCAUUUAUUAGGGUCUCUGAAGAAGUGGCGAAGGUGAUCGAGCUUCGCAAGAAAAACCCAGAGCUUCGAAGGAACGACAUUCUCCAGAAUCUCAUUGAUGCGGAGUACGAGGAACAGGCAACAACUCGGACGUCAUCGGAUAAAACCACGAACUCCAACCAGAAAGAUUUUUCUAAGACCAGGACGCUCUCAUCGGUAGAAGUAAUCAUGAACACCACUGUAUUGUUCGCUGCAGGAUUUGAAACCACCGCAACAACUUUGUGUUAUCUUAUGUUCGUUCUCGGCAAAUACCCGGAUGUGCAAGAGAAGGUUCGAGAAGAAGUGAAAAGGGCAGUGGAUGACUCUGGGUCACUAGACUACGAGACAGUUACCCAAAAACUGAAAUACCUGGGGCAGGUCAUCAACGAGACAAUGCGUAUCUGGCCUGCUGGCCUCACGUUUACCACAAGGCAAGCAAAGGAAGACUUUGAGUACCAGGGCAUCAAAUACAAGGCUGGAACAUGCAUCAUGUCUCCAACACUUCAGAUUCAGAGGGAUGAGAGGUUUUUCCCGGAUCCCAUGAAGUUUGACCCUGACAGGUUCAGCGAGGAGAACGAGGAUAGUUUCCCGAAGAUUGCUUUCCAGCCUUUUGGGAUAGGACCCCGAAACUGUUUGGGAAUGAAGCUCGCUCUCGUCGAGCUCGCCUACACGGUUGCCAGAAUGACUCAGCAUUUUCGUUGGGAACUCGGCGAAUCGCAGAAGGGAGAAAUGCCCAUCGAUCAGUACGGCAUGGUGUCCUCGCCAGCAAGUGGGCCCUGGAUUCUCUUCCAUAGGUUAUGAAGACAAAUUUGCGCAAUGCUAAAUAAAUUAAUAUUCUGUGAUUGUU